AUGACCCACACUCAUCAACCCUUUAGUCGCUCGUCUCCUGCUGUUGUAGCUUCUUCAACAACCGCGUUUGCACGACAGCGUCUACUAGUCCCACGACCGAGUUGUGGCUCCGAGCUGUGGCGGUCAGCUACAGGCGAUGCCUUUGAAGCUCUGGACGUCGUGGACGAGUUGCAAGCUGAGACACUCGCAAUUGCGAACAACACGCUGAGAGAGCUGCAGGUUGAUCCAGUGGACGACUUGGAGGCGUCGGUUGUCAACUCGUGGACGCCAUUGCGGGAGCUGCUGGUUGGCAUGAGCUUGUUGCAGGAGCAGACAGUAGCAGCGACGGAUACAGUGCUGUCGUUUGGCGAGCGACUGAGUGCUGAGAUCAUUGCCAGGAUCUGGACGAGAGCUGGCGUCGAUGCAUUUUGUGUGGAUGCAAGGGAAUGUCUGCUGACUGACGACGCUCAUGGCAGUGCCAACGUCCUAUUCAACGAGUCCAAGGCGAAGCUGCUCGAGCAGAGUAAACGAUGGAAACCUGAUGCACUGCCUGUGAUCAAGGGCUCCAUCGGCUGCACGCAAAAAGGACGUACGACGACGCUAGGACGGAACGGAGCUGAUUACACGGCCACGCUCGUUGGUGCAGUGCUCAGUGCAGAUUAA